AUGACGCAUUCCGAUUCUGAGCCACCCUCACCGCCACCUCGGUAUUCAACCGAACAAGACGACCCAAUGUCCCGAAAAAGUGACGACAAGGACGAUGCGAACAUGAUGAACGCCGAUCGCAUGAUACCCAAAAAAGCGUGGCACGACAAGAAGGUGCAGCUGGUGUCACAUGUUGACAACCAUCAUCAUCAUCACCACCACCACCAACAACAACAACAACAUCAACAUCAUCAUCAUCAUCACCGACAUUUAUCUCCAACAUCCUCUGCUGUUCGUCGUUCUCGUGCUGAUACGAUGCCUUCACAAUCUACUGCGUUUCCUUACCUUUCAUCCGAUCCAGCAACAAUAGCUGCAUUAUCCAAAACAUCAGCUGCAAAAGAUGUUCCUACACGCUCAUCGGUAGCAGCAGCAGCAGCAGCAGCGACAUCCAAACAAGUUGUCCCACCAUCUUCGUCAUCAGCUGCAACUCUCCGUACUCGUUCUGGUUCAGUGACACUACCACCAUCAUUAGCAGCAAAUCCAUUUGGUGAAGGCAUUUUUAGCAACAAUUGGGGAAGAGAACAUGUCCAAAGCCCCACAACACCAACAACGGAUCAACUCUUGGAAGGUGAAGGAAAUACAAUAGCAAGCACUCUUGCACAAUUGGGAUUGGAUGAUGAACGUGAUAAAAGGCAUACUAUCCACACACGUCACUCUUAUUCAUCCUUGAGAUCAGUGGCCAAUUGGCAUCAUCCACACCGUCACUCGGGGCAUGAAAGUAUCAUGGAUACGCCUUGGGGAACAACAACAACGACUACUACGACACCUGCAACAACAACAACAACAUCUCAGGCACCACCUAUUUCCGAAUCCAUGGUUCCUUUCUCUGCAGUAGCCGAAUCGCCGAAUAUAGACCCCUCGCUUAUAAUGGCUAAAUUCCAAUCCCAGACUGGUAGACCACGCGCUAUCAGCAUGAGUGUUGCUGGUUCUCAUCACUAUGCACCACCACAUCAACCACCUGCUGCAAAUUCAUCAACCGAUGACCUAUCACGCAACUUGCUCUCUCCUUCUUACCGAUCCAUUUGGCACCCGCCUCUCCGUCAUCGCUAUCAACAACAACACAAUCCUAGUCGUUUACGCACUUCCAAUAGCAGCGCCGAUCUUUUGGAAUUGAUGGCUAGGCAACGCACUUCCAUGGCAACCGAUGAUGCCGCACACGAUGAUUGGGAUGCUAUUCCGUUUGGUGGCAGCAGCAGCCAGUCAUCCAAUUAUGACUUUGCAAGUGUUGGAGAAGCUGAUAUGGAUCCACCCAUCUCAUCUGGUAAAAAUUCGCCUGGUGCUACACAAGCCCCUACACGAUCCCUUUGGUUGGGCAAUAUUGAUCCAUCAUUGACCACUCAAGACCUCACCUGUGUCUUUGCUCCCUUUGGCACAAUCGAGAGUGUGCGUAUCCUACCGGAUCGAGAAUGCGCCUUUGUCAAUUUUAUUUCAGUGGAAGAUGCAUUACGUGCCAAAGAUGAGCUCGUACACAAGAUGAAUGGGCGACUCGGUAAUACUCCCGUAAAAGUUGGAUUUGGAAAGCCUGAGCCACCCACAUGCGGAGAUAUUGGUCCCAACGCCCAACAGGAACCCACUCGUGCACUAUGGAUUGGGAACAUUCCUGCAACAACAACUUAUUCGACGUUGCUAUCAAUUUUCUCUCCUUUUGGUGCCAUUGAAUCUGUUCGUGUGCUCACUCACAAGAAUUGUGGGUUCGUCAACUUUGAAUGUCUCGAGGACGCUGUUCGGGCUAAAAAGGCGUUGCAGAAUACCGAAAUUAUGGGACCCAAUACGGGUGCAGUGCGUAUUGGUUUUGCCAAGGUGCCUGUUAAAACAGCUGCUGGUGGAUAUACAACGACACUUGAGGAUGUUGCUGGCAACAAUGGAGAUGGUGAUGCUACCACUAAGAUGGGUUGGGCGGCUCUUAACAAUGGCACCAAUUCUGAGGAAUACCAGCAAAUGAUGAUGUACAUGAUGGCUGAGAUGAUGGGCCCUGGUUCUACCAAUCUUUAUGCAGCUGUGGCAAGAGAACGACAAAUCAUCAUGCAGCAAUUAGGUGACACGGGUGAUGAUGAAAAUGAUGGCCCUGCAUUUGAUGAGCUUCAUUUACCUCUCAGCUACUUCCCAACCAUCCCACCAGCACCUGAGUUAGGCCAAACUCGCAAGAUUGAUAUUGCUCGACUAAGGGAUAUCAGAAAAAGAUUGGAUACGGGCUAUAUCUCAAUUCAAGAAUUGGAGAUGAUUGCUGUGGAAUGCGUGGAUGAAAUAGUGGAGCUUUGCAGUGAUUACAUAGGCAACACGGUGAUUCAACGGCUAUUUGAGAGGUGCUCAGAGGCAACUCGAUCAAGAAUGAUAGAGGUAGUGGCCCCUUACUUGGCGUCUAUUGGGAUACACAAGAAUGGAACAUGGGCAGCACAAAAGAUUAUCGACACUGGGCGUUUGCCCGAACAGAUCAAUCGCAUUUGUGAAAGUCUUCUUCCAUAUGUGCCUGCAUUAUUGCUUGACCAGUUUGGCAAUUACGUUGUGCAAUGUUGUCUUGGAUUGGGACCCGAGCGUAAUCAAUUUAUCUUUGAUGCCAUUGUGGAUAAUUGCUGGGAGAUCGCUCAAGGUCGAUUUGGUGCCCGUGCCGUGAGAGCGACAUUGGAGAGUCCGCAUGUGACAAAACGUCAACAACGUUACAUUGCAGCCACAAUUGUGCAACAUGCUUCAGUCUUGGCCACCAAUGCCAAUGGUGCUCUUUUGUUGAUUUGGUUACUCGACACAUCAGGCAUACCAGGACGUUAUCGUGUUCUUGCUCCACGCCUCAUCCAUGAUAAACGCAACUUGACACGUCUUUGUACUCAUAAGCUUGCUUCAUUGACUGUACUCAAGAUUAUCAAUCAGCGACAAGAGCCUGAUGCACGUGCCCUUAUCCUCGACGCUCUUAUUUUUUCAACCGCCGACCCUGUGAUUGAUGAUGUAUUGAUGGAUCAAGUACAUGGUGUCAACCUUGUUCAAAAGAUUUUGUCAAGCUCGUACGUUGAUUUACGUGAACGACAGCGCAUUGCAGAACGUGUCAAGCAAAUUUUGAACAAGCUCAAGUUACAACAUGUUCAAGGAUACAAGCGUUUGAUGGAAGAAAUCAACAUGGUUAUGGGUGACUCAAAUCCUGGAGCAAGUUUGGGUGCUUUACCAGGGCUCGUUCCACCCUCCUUUGCAAUGAAUCCUGAAAUUGCUGCUGCUCUACACGCCAAAUACCUUGCUGCUAUGGCAGCUUCUACCAAUACCAGCACCAAUGCCAAUACCAGACGCGAAUCGGAUGAAAAGCAAUCUGGAUCAGACAACAAACCAUUCAUGUAA